AUGGGAGUCACCCUCGCAUCUACGAAUCAGUACGUGCGAGUGACGUGUAAGCGGCGUCCUUACCCUACUKUUUGUCUGCCAGCGCUUCCUGGAACGGCUCGCAAGAURCCGAAAGUACGAGUCAGGACAACCGAAAAGGCUUCCUGGUCUUCUGAUAGCUUARAAAAAGCUAUAAARCUUGUUGAAGGAGGUUCUUCUAUAAGAAAUGCUGCUAAGGUAGUGGGGAUCCCUUUUUCAAGCCUUCAAAAGAGGWUAAAAAAWGGUUCUAMCUUAGAACCACAUCUAGGASGAUUCACUGUCUUUAGUGCUGAGACAGAAGCCGAGCUAGCAAACUUGGUGAAGAAUAUGGCAAAUAUUUUUUAUGGUUGCACUGCUAAUCAAAUUAGAARAGUAGCAUUUGAAUAUGCUGAAAAAUURAAUUUAAAGCACAAUUUUAAUCAGKMUUUAAAAAUGGCUGGACGYGAUUGGUUGCAUGCAUUUAUGACUAGACAUAACAUUUCUAUUAGGAAACCGGAGGCGACCAGCAUAAACAGAAUAAGAGCUUUUAAUAAAACCGAAAUAAGUCUAUUCUUUGAGCUACUUGGCCAGCUGAUAGAAAAGCAUAGAUUUGUUYCAAAAAAUAUUUAUAAUUGCGACGAAACAGGUAUUUUAACAGUUCAAACACCUGGAAAAAUUCUURCUACCAAAGGACAGAAGARAGUAGGAUCUAUAACCAGUUGGGAGAAAGGAAAAAACAUCACUUUGUUGUGUGCUAURAGCGCUGCAGGCGGUUACAUUYCACCKAUGUUUAUUUUCCCUAGGAAAAGGUUGACUYCUCUGCUCGAGAAGGAUGGUCCAACAGGAGCGCUUUACAAAUGCUCAGAAAACGGUUGGAUUAAURAGCAUCUCUUUCUUGAAUGGUUGCGGCACUUUAAACAGCACACUAAGCCGUCGGCAGAUGAACCCAUUCUUUUAAUACUAGACAACCAUGCUAGUCACAUUUCUCUUUCCRUCUACGAAUAUUGCAAGUCCAAUCACAUCCAUAUGUUGUCUCUGCCACCACACACGUCACAUAGAAUGCAACCCCUGGAUGUUUCUUUUUUUGGUCCGCUCAAAAUGGCAUAUAAAAAAGAAUGUGACUUAUUUUUGAAAAGCAGUCUUGCAGAAAAGAUAACCCCCUAUGACGUAGCAUCCUUGGUGAGGAAAGCAUUUAAUAAUGUUGCGUCUAUUAUUAAAGGAGAAUCGGGGUUUAGAGCUAGUGGAAUAGUUCCACUAAAUCCGGAAGUAUUCACAGAAGAAGAUUUCACCGCUGCAGAAAUUCUCCAAUCUGAGACUAUUUCAAUCCAAGACUGCAAUGAAUCUCUCGCAGCACGAUUCCCAGCACAUCAAAAGAAGUUCACUCACCAGUUCCGAGCACUAUAA